GACCUAACUGUCGCCGCCAAAAUAUCUGACGUACAUACGCAUAACCGUCGUCGAGCAGGCUAGAGGUUCAUUCGCUAUUUGAUAUUCCGAGGGGAAGCAUCUUCCGUUACUUGUGUUUAAGGAAAGUUUUCAGGAAAAAUUGUAAAAAAUGUCAGGACGUGGUAAAGGUGGAAAGACCAAGGGAAAGGCGAAGACCCGCAGUAGUAGGGCAGGGCUGCAAUUCCCAGUCGGAAGAAUCCAUCGUCUUCUGAGAAAAGGAAAUUACGCAGAACGAGUUGGAGCUGGAGCACCGGUUUAUUUGGCUGCUGUAAUGGAAUAUUUGGCCGCUGAAGUACUCGAGUUAGCCGGGAACGCCGCAAGAGACAACAAGAAGACGAGGAUAAUUCCACGUCAUUUACAAUUAGCUAUCCGCAAUGAUGAAGAAUUAAAUAAAUUGCUCUCGGGUGUAACCAUCGCUCAAGGUGGUGUCCUGCCUAACAUUCAAGCAGUACUUUUGCCGAAGAAAACUGGUACUGGUGGAUCAGGGAAAGGAGACAAAGCAUCCCAAGAAUAUUAAUAAUCUUUAGAAUAACCUUUCUAACUUAACAGUACUUUAGGGCUACACCUUCGUUUCUUCAGCCAUGAAAAAAAAAAAAAAAAAGAAAAGAAAGUAAUGUCUAGAACCUAUCAAAUUACAAUCACUAUUCCAAUAAUAUACAUUAUGAAAUUAUCUUAGUUAACAAUGCGAUGUACUGUUUCACCGUUGAAACGUUUAUUGCUGAACAUUCAUUUGGCUAAUAUAGUAGUAGAUAUUGCGCGAGGAUUGUAUCAAUCUGCACAUCGUCAUCUGUUCGACUCUGGGCACUUCUUCGAUGUACCGUAGGCUCAACCCGCAGGAGACUGUGAAGUUGACGGCUCUUUUGGAAGAGUCCCUACAGUAGUCAACUGGACCGAAAGAUCGUCAACCUGUCUGCUUAACACUCUCGCCUCUUUAGCUAAAAUUUCACUUCCACAGUCUUCUUGGGGCUUAAUUUUGUUCGAUCAUUGAAUCUGCAGUUUUCUCAAGCCAUGUGACUAUUUUUGAUUCCAUUAGAGAGAGAAAGUUCUGACCAUUUGUUAUUAACUGUAUCAACCAAGGACGAAGAAACCGCUUCUCGGUGUACGGCCAUGGCGCCUCAACAUUCUUAAUUCGUUCAAUAUCUUUCGGGGCGCAUUGAUAAUUUAAGCAGCUGAUAACCGAAGAUGAUACUUAAUUGGAAGGUGUUUACUAAGAAUAUUAGAAAGGGGGGGAUUCAACUGAAGGUGUGUUGUUAACCUUUGUGGACUGAACUUUCUCUCCUCUCUGUUCCUUGUUUUUCAGAAUAUAUAUAUUUCAUUUUUUUCAAAUUGCCUUUUAAUCAUUUCUGAUACCAUAGUUUCGAAAAUAUGUUACUUGUAUUGAAUUUUAGAUAAGCAGGGUUUCCAGAACUCAAAUAGAGAACUUUAGAAUGAGCAAGGAGAGUGUUAUCCUGACACACCCCUAAACCCUCGACCAAUGCUGCCCAAUCUAUAGCUCUAUUAUGAGUGAAAUGUUUUUUCUUAAGAUCUUAACGCAAAUUAAGGUAAAGUUUAACGAUUCCGUUGACUGGUUUCUUUGUCAUCGUCAUCUA